AUGUAUCAACCUGAAUCUGCGGCGUACAUACCUCUCUCGACGGGAUACGGUAAUUCACACGGACUCGCCGACUACACAUUCGAACAGACGACAAUAGGUGGUGGAAGUGGUGGUGGUGGUGUUGGUGGUGGUUAUGUUGGUGCUCUCGGGGGUCUUGGUGGUCUUGAAGGAGGUGGAGGCGGCAGUGGUUCAGGUGGAUACACGGUCGGGGGCGGCCCGGGAGCGGCCGCUACAGCAGCAGGCGCCGCCGCUGGGUCAGCAUCAAUAGUUCCUGGGACCGCAGGGGCAAUCUUUGGCCCAGGUUCAGGUCCCAGCAUCAGCAGCAACACCGUCGGCGUGGGCCCCGCUUCUGGACCCUUAUACACCCACGCCAACUCGUUCCAUCAUUCAUCCCAUCAUCACUCCUCACAUUCGUUACCACUGCACCACGGCAAUCACGGCGCCGGCCACAACCAGCACCAACACCACCAACAGUCGCACAGCCCACUUUCAUACGUCUCGCAUUCGCUCUCUCCCAGUGCUGGCGGCAGCACCAACCCCUCCUCGCCAGCUUCCAUCUCACAAUUUCCCCCACAACACCAAAUCCAACAACAACACCAGCAACACCAUCACCAACGUCAUCAUCAUCAACAACAACAAGAACAACAGCAACAACAAUACCAGCACUCUCAAUUCGAUUCUCAAAUACCGCGGUACCAACCAUCGUCGGCUAUCCAUCAACACCACAUCAAAAUGGAAGCAACCGGCGACGAUCAUAGCGACCUGGCCGCAGCCCAAGGGUACCAGGAGUACCAGCCUGAGCUCAAUGGUCCUAAUGUUAGCGACAAAUUGCCAAGCACAGCCAUUACAGAAGAAUAUGCCAAGGCCGAUCCCGUCUACGUUCAGAAAACGAGGACACUCCCACAGACAUAUUCCCAUUACCGUCCGAUGUUGGGGGACGGCAACUGCGGCUGGAGAGCAAUUGGCUUUGGCUACUUCGAGACCCUGAUCAGGCUCGGCAACAAGGCUCAGGUGGACGCGGAGAAGCAGCGUCUAGAAGGUCUUAAUGACUACAUCCAGCACCACGACAAGUUUGCCAACCCGGAUGACGCCUUGAAAGAAGUUGUGGACACCUUCAACGACGUGGGCGUCUCAAACGGUAUCAUCUAUCACCUUCGCCUGCUCGCAAGUUCCUGGCUCAAAGAAAAUCGCGCCGCUCACGAGGCCUUCAUCACCACGGACGGCGGCAGUCUUGACAAGUACUGUCAGCGUGUUAUCGAGGUAUACAAUGUCGAGAUUGAGCAACUGGGCUUGCAGGCACUAGUCAAUGUGCUGCUGAAGCCCAUCGGUUUCUUCUUGAAGAUCGCUUAUCUGGAUCGCAGCGCCGGCUCUGAGGUCAACACUUACACCUUCCCAGAAGAAGUCGCCAGCCAGACAUCUCCCCUCGAUCCCGUCAUCUGCCUACUUUAUCGGCCCGACCACUAUGAUAUACUUUACCCCGUGGACCCAACACCACCGCCUGCGACUACGAACAUCCAUGUUUUCCGAGCCACCAUCCCCCAGUACGAAAUCACACCCGCGGCCCCAUUCACGGCGGCUGGAGACUACGGUCUCCUUGCGGGAAUACCAGGCUUCAGCUCCUCUCCCUCGCCACUCGGGGCAUUGGGCGUUGGACUUGGAUCGCCGCUUGCGCCUUUCACCCAGGCCCCGACACAAUCUUGGAUGUCUGCCCCUUUCGGAACGGAACCGCUCCAACCAGUUGCCGCCUCCCUGCCAAUCGCCGCAACGGCCCCUCCUCCGCCACCACCACAGCAGACGCAUCCGUUGCGAUUUAGCGAAUACUGCCAGAUGCCCGAGUAUGUGGAAAACGACACGUGGCGCGAACCGACGUUCCAGACAUCGACAUUUAAGAACAGUCACUUCAACGUCGCGCAUUACAACAACCCCAACUUCCAACCAGAGGAGUAUAAACCGGAAAAUGACGAGUACGACCCACCACCAAGGAGUGGGCGGAAGAGAGGGAGUGUAUAG